AUGUCAGCAUUUUUACAAAGAUUUCUCAAUGUAGCAGUAUGUUUACAGUUAUAUCGUCGUAAACCGGAAGAUUUUCCAUUUUUCAGUUCAUCAGGUCACGGAGCAUUUGGUCGUGUUCAACUUUUUCGUGAAAUUACAACAGGUUGUGUAUGUGCUAUGAAAGUAAUAAACAAAUCUCGAAUGCUUGCACAACACACAGAUUAUUGGGCCGAAAAAGAAAUUAUGUCACAUGGUGAAAGUCCGCGGAUUGUAGAAUUAUAUUAUGCUCAUCAAGAUUUAAAAAAUUUAUAUAUGAUUAUGGAAUAUGUUCCCGGCGGUAAUCUUGUCAGGUGGGUGGAUGAAGUGGAGUUCAUGUCAGAAGCAGCUUGUCGAUUCUAUGCAGCUGAAACAAUUCUUGCUUAA